UAUACAAGUUGAUAAUAGGUGCAGCAUGCAUCGUGUGUUAUUAUUUACAUCUUUAUUAAAAAUUUGAAAAGUGCUUUUCUUAAAAAUCAACUAAUUACACGAUUUUAUGAUCGUAUCAUUCAUUUAUUAUCAUUGAAAAAUACUAAAUGUUUAUAAAAUUUAUUAAAGCAAGAUAAGCUAUAUUUCUAACCUAUAAAUACGUAUUAAAACAACAGUGAAAUAAUGCAAUUUAGUAUGAAACAAUUGUAUCUGAGAUUGAUUUGUAAUAGAAAAAUCUUAAAUACAUUUACUACUAAUUUCACAAUAAAAUGUAAUUAUGCUAGGUGGGCACAUCGUAGACCAUCUGCUAUAGUUAAUGAACAUGAAUUGUUCGAAGAUGUUAAUGAAAAUAAUAUAGAUACAUUAGAAGUAGUAAAAGAGAGGCACGAUGGCAAAGUCAGAAAGAUAAAAUCACAAAAGAAGUUUUCUGCAAAUGAAAACAAUUUGUCAAAUACUAUAGCGAAUAAAGAAAUAAAAGCAAACAAUAAAACCGAUGUCAACAAAUUGAGUAAUCGUGUUAUAAAUCUGAAAGAAAAUGAUCAUAUUAUUACAUCUUUAAUGAUGAACGUAAAGUCACGCAAGAUGCGAGAAAAGAACAAUCAGAUUUGUAUGGAAGGCUACAGAUUAAUCAAAGAUGGGAUCGAAGCUGGAGUCAAACCAGAAAUUAUUUUUUUUUCAAGAUUAUCCGAUAUAGAGGAUUUGCCUUUGCACGAAGAAGUUAAAUUAUACAAAGUUCCAUAUAGAACAAUACAAUUAUGGAGUAAUUUAACUACUUCGCCAGGAAUUAUAGGUAUCUUCAAAAUUCCUAAUGUAGAAAGUACAGAACCCUCACCUAAUGCUUUACCUCUUACAAUUAUCUGCGACAAUAUUCGAGAUCCAGGCAAUUUGGGUUCUGUACUCCGUGUGGCUGCUGGCGUUGGAUGCGAGAAAAUAGUUUUAUUAAAAGGAUGUGUAGACUUAUGGGAUACCAAAGUAUUGCGAAGUGCAGCAGGUGCACAUUUUCGAUUACCAAUACACGCUUCUGUUACUGAUGAGCUCUCGUCAUUCAUAUACGAUGGAAUGAAUGUUUUUGUCACGGAUAACAAUGCAGCAAAUAAUGAACUAGUUUUUGAUCAUUUUAAUUCAGAGACUAAAUAUUCCAUUUCUAAGAUUUAUGAAAAUUCAAAUUUUGAGAAUGUAGAAUUGCCAGAAUCCGAUGAAAAUCUACAAAAUUCAAAACUGAAGAAACUUAUAAGGAGAUCGCAAUCUCAGCUUCCAAUUGUUCCAUAUUAUGCUGUUGAUUAUUGUACAAGCGAAACUGCAAUAAUAGUGAGUGGUGAGACGGAAGGAUUAAGUCUGGAAACGGUUAAAUUUCUGUGGGAAAAACGUGCCGUACGUCUAAAUGUACCUUUAUUAAACAAUGUCGAAAGUUUAAAUAUUAGUACGGCACUUGGAAUAAUAGCGUUUGAACUUCAACGACAGAUUGUAUUUAAACAAAAAGAAUAAAAUAAUUAAUAUUAAAACAGUACGAUAUAAUCGUAUGGGUAAAAAAAACAUGA